AUGAGAGACUUUAAUGCUAUAACGGCAUAUCAUGAAAGGGAAGGGGGCAGAUCAAAAUCAACCUCAUCGAUUGAAGGUUUCAAUAAUUUUCUCAACAUGGGUGGUAUGGUGGAUUUGGGGUUUGAAGGGUGUAGAUUCACGUGGAGUAAUAGGCCAUAUGGAGGCAACCUUGUCCGAGAGCGGCUUGAUUGGUGUUUGACUACAUCAAAUUGGUGCGAGGCCUACCCUAGAUCUGCCGUGGUACACCUAAAUGAUCAAGGUUCAGAUCAUAGGCCUAUUUUGUUGAUCACAGAGGAGGAGCAGAGGAAGAUCAAAAGACGAUUUAGAUUUCAGGAGAGAUGGUGUGAUGAAGAAGAAGUUGGACGGAUAGUUAGAGAAGGAUGGAAAGACGCGGUGCAAGGGUCUCCAAUGUUUCAGUUAUUCACCAAACUCAAGAGAUGUCGUCAUCACUUGGUUGAGUGGCAAUGGAGCAAGGGCAGCAACUCGCUGCAACAAAUUAAUGAUCUAAAACAGUGA